CUAAAUAUAUUUUAAUCGGUUCGUGAUAUCAGAAAAUUGAAAUUAUUUAUUAAUAUAUGUGUAAAAGCAAAGUGAUCAAUUAAAUUAAGUGAAAUUAUAACGUAUCUUUUCUAUAUUUUACUUAAAAUUUAAAUAUUGAUCACAGCCCACAUGGCCAAACGGCCCACUGAAGAGCCCAAAAGAAAGGAGUUAAAGGGCACCCACAGUCACUAUUGUGGAAAUCAUUUCACCGGAUUAACUUAAGCAUUUCAAUUUACCAUUCUCUUGGGCCUUUCACAAGGCUAUCAGCUAGGGAUCAAAGCACGUAAAUUUAGAAAAUGACGUGAUUAAACUGUAAUUAAUGAAUAAUUAAAACUAAACCGCCAAUAAAUAAAUAAAUUAAUUAAAUAAUAAUGGCUUGUUGAAUUUGUAUCGCAUUUUGCACCGGAUGAACAAAGUUAGCUUGCCAUGAAACUUGAAGUUGACGAUGGAAUAUAUAUAUCUAAACCUGAACUUCUGUCAAGCUAUACAGAAAAGCACAUGCAUGAUUUUAAUCACAGCUACCUUUUCUUACAAGUCUCGCUAAUCUGAGUCACAUUAUUCUCUUGAGCUAUGGCUUCUGCCAAAUUUAUUUUCAAUUUCUUUAUCGUCUCUGUCUUCCUUCUUCUAGUUCUUCCUGGUGCAUGUGAUGCAUUUCUUCUAAAGAGACAUCGACAUAGAUGUGGGUUUGAUGCAAUUUAUCAACUAGGGGAUUCCAUUUCAGACACUGGCAACUUGAUCCAAGAGGAUCCUGCAUCUCUGUUUGCUCGACUUCCUUAUGGUGAAACCUUUUUGAAAAAGCCAACAGGUCGAUGCUCAAAUGGGUUGUUGAUCAUUGACUACAUAGCACUUUCAGCUGGAAUCCCAUUUCUUGAUGGCUAUCUGAAUCCAAAUGCUACAUUUGGUCGCGGCCGGGGAGUGAAUUUUGCCGUUGCUGGUUCAACUGCUUUGCCUGUUCAUGUCUUAGCAGAGAAGGGAAUUGUAGCUCCAGCCACCAACAGUUCUCUAGCCACACAACUUGAUUGGAUGUUCUCCUACUUUAAUGGAAUAUGCUAUGAUGAAGAAGACUGUGUUGAUAAGCUUAAAUCAUCGCUUUUCAUGGUUGGGGAGAUUGGAAGCAAUGAUUAUCACUAUGCAUUGUCUCAAGGUAAAUCCAUGGACGAAGUAAAGGCAAUGGUACCUGAUGUUGUAGCAGACAUAAAGGAAGCUAUUAAGAUAGUAAUAGGCUAUGGUGGUAGAUGGGUGGUUGUUCCGGGAAAUUUUCCGAUCGGCUGCCUACCGAUUUAUCUGACCAGAUUCAAAACCAAUAACAGUAAUGCUUAUGAUUCCUUUCACUGCCUAAAGGAAUUAAACAAUCUGGCAAUCUAUCACAAUCAGCAUCUUCAACAAAGCAUUGAAGAUUUGAGAAAACAAAAUCCCAACACAACUAUAGCAUAUGGUGAUUAUUACAAGGCAUACCAGUGGAUUCUGAGUCAUGUCCAGUCACUCGGUUUUGAUGCUAAAUCUUUGCAAAAGACGUGUUGUGGUAUUGGAGGUGAUUACAAUUUUAAUCCCUCCAAGAUGUGUGGAGCUGCUGGAGUUCCUGUUUGUCCUGAACCAAAUAGACAUGUCAACUGGGAUGGGAUUCAUUUAACACAAGCAUCAUAUCAGCUUAUAGCAAGGUGGCUUAUCCAUGAUAUGAACAAAAAACAUGUGUGUAGUUUUUAUUAUUGAGUUUUUGUUUUAGUAAGCUUUUAUUUCCUUUGGAUUAGCAUGAGUAAGCUCGUUUUUCAG